ACGUGAGACUCCAGUGACGUGGCAAGCUGUGGGAAAUAUGGCGAUCAUUUUCACAGGCGGAGAAUGCUCUAUGUCGUGCCCAAAUCCAGUCGAUUCAGCUGUUUUCAUCACUCUCGAGAACGUGGGACGCUGAAAUGCAAAACGAGCCAGGGUGGUCGUAAUCUUGCAAAUAAGGAAAGGGGGAGAACAAUUUCAAUGGCAUUGCCGCGAUUUGACCCUCAUUCCCAGGCCUCAGGUCUGCCCUUCGGAUUCACCUGCUGUGGACACACCAGAGUGCGACGAGAUAAUGCUAGCUGUUGAGAAUGACCUCGAAGGCGGGACCGAGGUAGCCGGAUCACAACGAGUGAUGCUACGACUUGAGGAGGAUGGAGGAGCAUCACUUGUACGACGGGAGGAUGAAUCACAAUGUCAGGAGCAGCAUGUACGACGAGUUGGACAUUUGGUCGGCAGUGCAUAUCAAGAAGAGCAUGGUGGAGGAUCAAGCGGCUCGGACUUUGAAUACGAAACUGUCCUUCAGCCUGAGGGGGACUCGCCGUGCCCGUCGGUUUUAGGGAUUACUGAGCUGGACGAAUCUCCUGACGAUGAUCAUGGGAUCACAGCUGCACCAGAAGAACAUCAUUCUGAGGUCUUUACCGGCUCGGGCACCGUCGACGAGAACGAAAGCAGAGGCCUGCUUGCCACCACUCGUACCUUUGUACGACUGUUGUUUGGCAACAGGCUCAGAGAAUCGAGUAUCACUCAAAGAACGCCUCCUCAAAUCGUUUCGACUGCGCUAACAAGUUCGACUCAGCCAUCUUCACCGCACCAGACCAUGGUACGAACGAGAGAGUCGGAGCCUGUCUCAGGAGAAACUUUACAAAAGCGUCGUCGAUUAGAUCUGGAAAACAUCGUCCCUGAGUAUACUGGGAGGCAUGGGGCAAUUAUCAGCGAAGCAAAGCGUCGGUCAACGAUUUCAAGGGCGAAAAUGGUGAAGUACCAUAAAUCCUCCAGGACAGUCGAAGUGUUUGAACCUUUUGAUCAGGUUUCGCUAUUUGUACCUCCUCAGGACAGAUUCCAUGGUACGGAUGUGCUCAGAAUCGAUUGCGUUGCUCUCCGAAAGAAGCAUGGGGAUGCCCAUUUCCUUCUCUCAGAGCAUGGAGAGUUCGAUCGAUGGUAUCCUA